CGGCCAUUAGUUUCCGGUGGCACGCAGUGAACGCACGCGGAUAUUUAGAGCAGCUGAAAGCUAUCGAGUUUUAUUAAUUUUAAAAUAAUUCGUUGAGUAAUUUAAACGAAAUAAGUGCACAAAAUGUCGAAUAACACAGCCCCGGACAGUUGGGAAUCUCAAGCUGACUCUACGUCGACAAAUAAUUCUCCAAGUCACAAUGCAGAUGUGACAGCUAAAUUUUCCACGUUGAACGUGAAUGCUGUUGAAUUUGUGCCUUCAUUUUCUUUUGCUAAGUCUGCAGUUAACGUCGACGAGACCUCUCCGACGCAGUCCCAGGACUCCGAAGCCUCCCCCCAGCACAGCCCCAUCCUCAACGGAACGAACGCUGAAUCCACGGAACGGGUAGAAGUGAAAGAGCCCCCUCCCAUCCCACCGGCAGACGGGGAUGCAUCUCCAGGCGACGGGGGCACCUGGGAGGACGUGGUGGUCGAAGAUAACGAUCCCCUGAUCACCCCAGAAGGAGACGACGACGAGCCUUCUUCCGAAGAAGCGCCUGUGAAAGUCCCCAAGAAGAAACCAGUGAAGGAAGAAGUGCUCAAAGACAAGAAGGAACACGUCAAUGUGGUCUUCAUCGGGCAUGUGGACGCGGGGAAAUCCACCAUCGGAGGACAAAUUAUGGCUUUAACUGGAAUGGUCGAUAAGAGAACAUUAGAGAAAUACGAGAGGGAAGCGAGGGAGAAGAGUCGAGAAUCGUGGUAUCUGUCGUGGGCUUUAGAUACCAAUCAAGAAGAACGAGACAAGGGGAAAACCGUGGAAGUCGGCCGGGCGUUCUUCGAGACGGACAAAAAGCACUUCACCAUCUUGGACGCUCCGGGUCACAAGAGUUUCGUCCCGAACAUGAUCGGGGGUGCGGCGCAGGCCGACCUGGCCGUUUUGGUCAUUUCGGCCAGGAAAGGAGAGUUCGAGACCGGAUUCGACAGGGGCGGCCAAACGAGGGAGCACGCAAUGUUGGCGAAAACUGCCGGUGUAAAAUAUUUGGUUGUACUUGUCAAUAAAAUGGACGAUCCUACCGUUAAUUGGGAUGAAGCUAGAUACAACGAAUGCAGGGAUAAAAUUUUGCCCUACCUUAAAAAACUUGGAUUUAAUUAUAAUAAAGAUUUGUUCUUUUUGCCUUGUUCAGGGCAGACGGGGCAGGGGCUGAAGGAGCAGGUAGAAGAGUCGAUUUGUCCAUGGUACAGAGGGCCCGCAUUCAUUCCCUUCAUCGACGACUUGCCCUCGCUGAACAGGAAAAUCGACGGACCUUUUAUAAUGCCAAUAGUAGAUAAAUACAAAGACAUGGGCACGGUGCUGAUGGGCAAAGUCGAGUCGGGCGAGUGUCGAAAAGGUCAAAGUCUCGUCAUAAUGCCAAACAGGACGCCCGUAACCGUCGAUAUGUUGCUCUCUGAUGACGACGAAGUCAGCCGUAUAGUGCCGGGCGAAAACGUAAAAGUUAAAGUAAAAGGAGUCGAAGAAGAGGAUGUCAGUCCGGGUUUCGUGCUGUGCGAUGCCGUUAAUCCGAUCCACACUGGUAGAGUAUUCGACGCCCAGCUUGUCAUUUUGGAGCACAAGUCGAUCAUCUGUGCCGGGUAUAGUGCGGUCAUGCAUAUUCAUUGCGCCGCCGAAGAAGUCACCGUUAAGGCCUUAAUAUGUCUUGUUGAUAAGAAGACUGGUGAGAAGAGCAAAACGCGGCCGAGGUUCGUCAAACAAGAUCAAGUAGCCAUUAUGAGAAUAGAAUGCGCAGGCGUCAUCUGUCUCGAACCCUUCAAGUCGUUCCCUCAGAUGGGUCGGUUCACGCUCAGAGAUGAAAAUAAAACAAUUGCCAUCGGUAAGGUACUGAAAUUAGUCGAGUAAAAUCGUCGCUAGAUUAGAUUGUAACUUGAUAUUUUAUCCAACUCGCAAUCGACUGGUGGACAUUUUCCGAGGUGACCACCACACAAUGUUCAUUUUGUAUUGUGGGUGUCCACAGAUGAGACUUGAAUGGUGCUACGUUAGUAGCGAAAUUGUGAAAAUGAUCAAUUUUUUUAAUUAAUCCUAUUUCUCAUGAUUUUGUUGUAAUUAUAUUUAGUCUGGUGUAAUGGUAUAAUUUUCUUUAGAUGUGUUUUGUACAUUUUUAAUUUUAAUUUCUUAAAUUAAGGGGUGUAAUUUUUUACUACUAUUAUUUUAGCGAUCGAAAUUGUGUGGUGUACAUCAUUGUUAUUAAAAAAAAACAAAAGAUUACUUUAAAUCGAUGUACUCCUUUUGUUUGACAGCCUGGUGCUUUAUUUAUAUUUUGAAAGAAGAGAUGAAGGUAUUUAAUCGACCCAUUCGUUAUCACGGCCUAUUACCAUUUCAUUGAAAUAUUGAGAUUCACUAUGUUGACUGAACAGGAAAAUACAAUACUGAAGCUAAUAAAUACCUUCAAGCUC